AGCUUUAGUGUUUGAGCUCUUUGACAUGAGGCUCACCAUGGCUGCAUUCCUGCUUUUACAUUUCACCCUCUUCAUCCUCACCCACAGCCUCACUGCUGACGACACGUCCACGGGGAGAUCCACGGCGGCUCCUGGUGCAAAUCUGACCUCGACUGGGAGCCUUUUUCCUGCAGGCAGACCCACAGAGCUCACGAGAAGCAACAGAGAGUCAACAAAUGAAAGCCUCCAGGCUGCACGCCUGAGUGAAGAGGGAGAGAGAAGAGUGUCCAAAACUGAUGAAGAAGGUCCUCCUGAGCUUGCGAGGAGAUUCAGACGGAGCGUUAAUGUAGCAAAGAAGUCUAAAACGUUUCAGAAGAAAGCAAAGAUCCUCAGACGGAAGACAAAGAUUGUUCUAAAAACAAAACCUCAGGUGAAAAAAGGUGUGAGCCAAUCAGCAUCCAGAGAAACGGUUCCACAAUGCCCCCCUCUGGGUCUGGAGUCCCUGAAGGUGAAAGACACCCAACUGAAGGCUUCGUCUUACAAACGCAGAGGUCUGGGGCCUCACCGAGGUCGGCUCAACAUCCAGUCUGGAACAGAGGAUGGAGAUAUUUAUGACGGAGCCUGGUGCGCUCGGUUCAGAGACAAGAAUCAGUGGCUGGAGGUCGACGCUCAGAGACUGACUCGCUUCACAGGCGUGAUCCUGCAAGGACGCAACUCCAUCUGGAGCUGGGAUGUGGUCCACACCUACAAGGUUCAGUUCAGUAACGACACUCUGCUGUGGAAGCCGUGCAUGAACGGGAGCGAAGAGGCUGUAUUUGAAGGAAACCAGGACGCAGAGACUCCUGUCCUGGCCCUGUUCAGCGCUCCCACUGUGGCGCGCUACAUUCGGAUCAACCCACAGAGCUGGUACCAGAACGGGACACAGGGGGACAUCUGUCUGAGAGCUGAGGUGUUGGGCUGUCCGCUUCCUGAUCCUAACAUGUAUCCAUGGCAGGUCGAGCCAACAGGUUCUGAAGACAAACUGGACUUCAGGCAUCACAACUAUAAGGAGAUGAGAAAACUGAUGAAGUUGGUGAAUGAGGAGUGUCCCAACAUCACUCGUAUCUACAGCAUCGGGAAGAGCUACACRGGUCUGAAGCUCUACGUCAUGGAGAUCUCAGAUCACCCAGGAAAACAUGARCUGGGAGAACCGGAGUUUCGAUACGUCGCAGGGAUGCACGGGAACGAGGUGCUGGGYCGGGAGCUCCUGCUCAACCUGAUGCAGUAUCUGUGCCAGGAGUACAGGCGAGGAAACCAGCGAGUCGUCCGCCUGGUCAAAGAGACUCGCAUCCACCUGCUGCCCUCCAUGAACCCCGAUGGAUACGAGAUGGCCUUCAAGAAGGUUCCAGAACCCCACAAGACCCUCGGGGACCGCUUCGGAGCGGAGAAAACAAACAAACUCCUCUCUUCCUUUCAUCCGCAGGGCUCAGAGCUGGCAGGCUGGGCGCUGGGGCGCUACAGCUACGAAGGCAUCGACAUGAACCACAACUUCGCCGACCUCAACUCAGCGAUGUGGACCGCCAUCGAGCUGGAGACGGACCGGUCCAAACUCAUCAACCAUUACUUCCCCAUCCCUGAACAGUACACCUCUGAGGAAGCGUUCGUAAGUCAGAAACAGACGUCACUCGUUUAAUUUUUACGGAGCYCG